UAUUACAAAUCAGCUGUCAAUUAGAUGUCAGUUGAUUUCGCUGUAUAGGUUUCCUUCGCACAACCGGUGGUAGAGAAAUCAGUGUAGUUUUCACUUUCUUGGAAUAAAAAUAAAAAUAUUUAAUAGUGUGCGAGAGUUCCAUAACGUUUUUUAGUAUUUAUAUUACGUGUACUUAGCGAAUUUUAUACUAUUAACGCAAUAAUUUCACUUGAUUUGUUGCAACACAAACUUAUUGGAGGCAAAAGAGUGGACGGUCUACGUUUGGAGAACACCACGAAAAGUACGAAGAGAACUACAUUUGAGCUUUCCUGCGUGGUCGUUUGUUUGGUGGCAGCUUUAAAAUAUCGAUUAGCAAAAUGGCAGACGAAGAUUUAUCGAUGAACGAAGAUCAACUACUGGACAAUCUCGAUGAGGCAAAUGGCGAGCACGAAGCAGAACUAAUGAAUAGACUUACUAACGAGCAACGCUUGCAAAUCAUUGAAUUUUAUUACCAAAAUCAGUGUUCGGUUCGAAAUGUGUUUCGCGCUUUACGUCCGAUUUAUGGUCUACAUAAUCGACCAAGUGAGCAAACAAUUAAUGCGAUUGUGACCAAGUUUCGCACUCAGUUUACUUUAUUGGACAUUAAACCAACCACACGAAUGCGUACAGUGCGUACAGAAGAGAAUGUUUCUGAGAGUGUGGCUGAAGACCGUGAAAUGUCGAUUCGUCGCCGUUCGCAGCAAUUGGGUUUGUGUUAUUCGACCACAUGGAAGAUUUUACGCAAAGAUCUUGGUGUAAAACCGUAUAAAAUACAGCUCGUGCAAGAACUGAAGCCGAACGAUCUGCCACAACGUCGAAUUUUCAGUGAAUGGGCCCUAGAAAAGUUGGCAGAAAAUCCGCUUUUUUAUCGACAAAUUUUGUUCAGCGAUGAGGCUCAUUUCUGGUUGAAUGGCUACGUAAAUAAGCAAAAUUGCCGCAUUUGGGGUGAAGAGCAACCAGAAGCCGUUCAAGAACUGCCCAUGCAUCCCGAAAAAUGCACUGUUUGGUGUGGUUUGUACGCUGGUGGAAUCAUUGGACCGUAUUUUUUCAAAGAUGCUGUUGGACGCAACGUUACGGUGAAUGGCGAUCGCUAUCGUUCGAUGCUAACAAACUUUUUGUUGCCAAAAAUGGAAGAACUGAACUUGGUUGACAUGUGGUUUCAACAAGAUGGCGCUACAUGCCACACAGCUCGCGAUUCUAUGGCCAUUUUGAGGGAAAACUUCGGAGAACAAUUCAUCUCAAGAAAUGGACCCGUAAGUUGGCCACCAAGAUCAUGCGAUUUAACGCCUUUAGACUAUUUUUUGUGGGGCUACGUCAAGUCUAAAGUCUACAGAAAUAAGCCAGCAACUAUUCCAGCUUUGGAAGACAACAUUUCCGAAGAAAUUCGGGCUAUUCCGGCCGAAAUGCUCGAAAAAGUUGCCCAAAAUUGGACUUUCCGAAUGGACCACCUAAGACGCAGCCGCGGUCAACAUUUAAAUGAAAUUAUCUUCAAAAAGUAAAUGUCAUGAACCAAUCUAACGUUUCAAAUAAAGAACCGAUGAGAUUUUGCAAAUUUUAUGCGUUUUUUUUUUAAAAAAAGUUAUCAAGCUCUUAAAAAAUCACCCUUUACGUUCAAAAUUUAUAACUUUAUUGGUUUUAGCAAAGUAUUUAUAUUUCUGCCGACAGCUCGUUUCGAAUAGAGGAUCUGACGGCGCAGCGUCUGAAUCUUUUUCAAAGAAAACGCAUGUACCCAUUGGAUAGUCAUAUGUACCUGUUAAUAUUCGUGUUAAGGAUUUAUAUGUAUUUAUAUAGUGGUAUUUAAUUACCUUUAAAGAUAUUUCCAUUCACUUCAGCGAUUGGGUCCUUUUCAAGUCCUAUGAUUUUAACAGCUAUAUUCUCAUCUAGAUCAAGUGCACCAAGUUGAUUUUUGAAAUCAGCGAAAAUUAAAAAUUCUUCUUCCUCAUAGUCGGACUCUUCGUCAAUAUUCAUUGUAAUUACAACGUAAUUAUUAUAAUAAUUGUUAUUUUAGUCACAAUUCGUAGUAAACAAUUAUUUGUCGACAGCUGAUGUUUUUGGCGGUGCGUUAAUUUUGCGGUGCUGUAUGUCAGUAGAUGCCAGAGAUAUGCAAAUAUGCAACAUACAUAUGGAAAAGUAUAUUGACUUAAAUGAACUUUAUUCUAUUUCUAAUUGUUUCAUUUUCACGUAAACAUUAAUAAUAUUUCAAAAAUUAGACAAAAUAUAUAAUACUUUUCUGCUAGUAUUAACUUUUGCGUAAUCAAAACUAUACUCUUCACAUAACAUUGUACCAUAGAAAUGCAACCCUAUAUGUUCAUUGAAAUCUAUUACAAAUCAGCUGUCAAUUAGAUGUCAGUUGAUUUCGCUGUAUAGGUUUCCUUCGCACAACCGGUGGUAGAGAAAUCAGUGUAGUUUUCACUUUC